CGCCUUGGCUGCCUGAGACCAAGGCAGGCCGCCCUGCACAGCCGGCGGCGCGGCCGGGCUUGCUGAGCCCCUUCGGGUGCCGCCGGCAGCUGGUCAGGCCGGGCAGCGCGGGGAGGGCCCGGCAGCCAAGCCCGGCCGACGGGGGCGGAGCUGAUCCCGCUGGCGGCCGGGGCGGACGGUGGCCGCGAGGGUCCGUUUCGCGCUCUCCCAUGGCGGCGCGGGAGGAUGUCGCGGGUGCUGGGGCUGCUGUCGCACACGCUGAGCAGGGUGCUCUGGUACUCCGGGCUGCGUAGGGGCUGCCAUGCCCCGCGGGAGCCGGCCAUGGAGCAGGACAAGGCGCUCGAGGUUUACGAUAUCAUCCGCACUAUCCGGGAUCCGGAGAAGCCCAACACCUUGGAAGAACUGGAAGUGGUAACAGAGAGCUGUGUCCAAGUGCAGGAGAUAGGGGAAGAUGAAUAUCUGGUCAUCAUCAGGUUUACACCAACAGUACCUCAUUGCUCCUUAGCCACUCUCAUUGGCCUUUGCUUAAGAAUAAAACUUCAGAGAUGUUUGCCUUUUAGACACAAGCUGGAAAUCUACAUAUCUGAGGGCACACAUUCCACUGAAGAAGACAUCAACAAGCAAAUCAAUGACAAAGAGAGAGUAGCAGCUGCCAUGGAGAACCCCAACCUGUGUGAGAUCGUGGAGCAGUGUGUCACAGAGCCUGACUAGUCACUGUCAUCCCCACAGAGUGACCAUUUUGAUACAUUUCUUAAAACACCUUUGGUUAAAAAAAGAAAAUAAUAAUCAAGGCCUUGAGUUUAAUACUUGAGUUCUUUUUAUCUUCCAUAUGUUUUUUAAAAGAAAUUGUUUAUAAGAGAGAUUUAAAUUAUGAUGACUUAGUCUCUAAAGUGAAGUGUCUAGUGUUAAGAGUUUGUAAUUUCUGGUGUCCAGAGGAUAUUUUAUGAUCAAAACCACACGUACAUGUUGCCUUCUGAUAGACAUUGGGAAAUGAAAUCAGUUUUACACCUUAAAUUUCUACAUUGUUUCAAUCACUGCACUGUAAAAAUAAAGCAGAUUCUUGUACUGAAA